AUGGCGCACCGAGAUCGCUCCCCAGUACAUGUGCCGCUUCGAACGUCCAGCCGAAAUAUGCUACGUGCUGGAACCAUAGAAGAUUACGAGGAGGAUCGCUUUCUGGAGCGCAAGACAUCCAAAGCCCAACGAAUCUUAGGGACGGACUUGCCCCUCCCUGGCAGUAAUCACGGGUGGGACAAGCCAGUCAAGGUCAAGUCGCGCCGCCAAAGCCUUCGGACUCCAGACGGCACGACGAAACCCCAGCCUACCAGCUUCGUCCCCUUUCCUGCUGGAGAGCAGGCCGUCCCGCCUCAGAAUUUGCGCGUUCGCGCUUCAUCGCCGCUGCUGGGCCAUAACUAUCGGUCCCAGGAGCCCGCACCGCCCCUGCCGAAGCCUUCCAAGAAAAUCCACCACACCGGAUCGUCCUCAACCUUGUUCUCAUACUUCAGCUCGAAGGAAAAGGAUGGAUCCAAGUCCUCCCCGACGACACCUCGGCAUUCCAGUCUCCAGCCCCAAAUCCGCAAUGAAUUAGGGACCAAUCCACAUGUGACAUACAAACAAGCGGGCAGCACGGCCAAAGAGCCCAAGCGCAAACUACGUCCACCUCGUAUCGACCUGUCUAUUCUCUUCCCCAAACCUCGCAAUCCCGCCCCGCCACUCCUGUCACCUCAACGGAUGACCAAUUCCCCAUCUCCGGUCUCAACGGUCGUUUCGGAUUACCCCGCUCACAGAGUCGACCAGAUCUCCAGCAUUUCUAGCACGAAAAAGUUUGGGGAUCCACUGCCACCACGUUCUUCCGUCAUUUCACACGAAGGGCCGAAGCAUACCACCGACCGUUCAGAUUUGCUUUCCAUCCCCGAAUCCAAAGAUGGCGAGUGGCAUGACCACCCACUGGAACGGACCGUUGGGACUAGCGAGAUCGAUAUAGCGCUGGAUCGGUACGCCGGUCGACGGUCGCUCUUCAGUCGUUCGAGUGUCUAUACAGCCAGCAAGGAGCAACUGCGGAUUGAUCAGCCACAGCUCCCUGCCGAAUCAAGCCUUGCCGCUCGCCGUGGGCACAGUCCUGCCAGUCUCCAGCGCAAGGCCCCGCACCUGAACCCGACAACACGACAGGAGUCAAGUCGGCAUCGCGCGUUGACGACCGAAUCGAAAAACUCGCGCGGGGGUAAGAGUGCCGUGAGUAAGAAGAGUAGCAAAAGUACCUUGCGGAACAAGGAUCUGCAGAACUCGAGCGUUCUCUGCCUCUCAUCUUCUGAGGAUGAGAAUGAGUCGGAGCAAGAGACCCCAGCAAAUGAGCAGGGCAACAACCGUAAGAAUUUUAGGGACAGCGUGGCCACCUACGGCGAAUUCGAACCCGAGAUCUACACAGCCUCUACCGCUCAGGCUGCGACAGCUCAGAUGUUGAAGAAGGUCGAACGAGCCCCGUCGACCAGCAGCCACGGCUCCCAUCCAGCCUCGCGCACACCCCCAAACCGCAGACAUACAUCUAUUGGAUCCACUGGCAAAUCGUCGACGACUACACGCCGAACCGCCCAAACUACCCAAACUACCCAAUCUCGACGGUCUAGCCACAUUCCUAUCAUUGCCGAACCAAGCAUCCUUGAUCAAUUUCCGCAGCAGCCCCGACGCACGCCCCAGGAACUGAAAGAAAUCAACCGUCGCAGCCGCGUUAUCGCCGUCACUCGACAGGAGCAGGACCUACUUGAGGCAAUGCGGCAGCGGAAAGGCAAGAUCACGCCCAGCAUAUUCCAAUACAAUACCGGUCCAGACACCGACCAGAGUUCGAUGAUUUCCGGCCCAUCCCGAGAUUCCUUCUGCGGAUCGGACACGUCGUUCCUGCGCCUCAGCGCUGCGUUCCCGCCCUUCCCUGCGCGGAAAGACCAAGGUGCAACUCACAUGGAUAAAGACGGUUCUCCCUCACAGAGUUCGAGUUCUGAUACUGAACAGAAAACUGGUAACUCCAUUACGUCGCCGCGGUUCAGUAUGGGCUACUCCGAGAGUCUACCGUCCCCAGCCACCAGCGGCGCCUCCCCCCUUACGCCGACCCUCCCUAUCCAUCGUUUCUCACCGCUGCCAUCUCCGAAGCCUCCACCACGCGGUCCUCCACCUGCCAUUCCGGAGGACCAGAAGCAGCAUGCACGUCGUCGUACGGACAGCAGCGAGGCCAUUAUGUUGAACGAUAGUGGUGAGCCUCAACGCAAGCACGAUCUCCCCCUGUGGUCCUUCGACUUCGAUUGGAAUCAAGAUCGCACCAGCGUCGCCCCAGUGCAUUAA